UUCGAUGUGACUGGUUGUGACGUGUCGAAGUAAAAAAAGAAAAUCGAUACUUCAACACCAACGAACGAAAAACAUGAUUUAAAAUAACUGUUUCGGGAAACGAUUAGGGGAAUAGAUGCUUAGCUCAAAGAAGAAAUAAAAAAGAUAACGAAAAAGCGAGAAAAGUGAAGUAAAAGAGACAGAGAGAAGACAAGUUUCAUCAAAAUUAUCCACCGACAUCGAAACGAAAGAGUUAAGAGACGUACGGAUUUUAUAACAAAAAAAUUGUAAACGAUAUACGAUUUUCAUUAUGGCUGCAGUUCUAAACGAAGUGGUCAAAGAAUAUUUGGUUCUAAACGACCAUUUAGCAGACAUUAAAUCUGGUCUGGUUAAAAGAAUACAGCCUUAAUUGCGAACCUGUCGAUUACUCGUACAAACCAAAAGCAAUAGCGAUAUCCAGAGUGGUGUGGUAUUACUUCAUGUUGAAGGUCACAGAUCUUCUGGAAACGUUCUUCUUUGUACUUAGAAAGAAACUAAGUCAAGUCAACUUCCUUCACGUAUAUCAUCACUGUGGCAUGGUAAUACUAGCAUGGGUUGGCACUAAAUAUUAUCCCGGUGGUCACUGUACAUUUAUAGGAGUAAUCAACACACUCGUUCACUCAACAAUGUACACGCACUAUCUGUUGUCAACCAUGAAAAUAGACACGAAAUCGUGGAAGAAACACAUCACUCAGCUGCAAAUACUGCAAUUUGUUAUAAUAGCCUAUCACACUUCCCAAUUACUGUGGACGGAUUGCGGUUACCCGCGAUGGAUAGCGCUGGUGUUGCUGCCGCAACAAGUUUUCAUGAUCGUAUUAUUUGCGGAAUUUUAUUACAACGCGUACAGUAAGAAGAAACCGGCGAGUGCAGCAGCAACUAUGAAAAUGAAGACGGACGGCAUCCCCACGUACAUCUCGAAUGGCAAAUUGAAAGAGCAAUAAGUUCGCGUGGGGUAUUAUCCCCUCGAUUUGUCUCUGCUAUUAUUUUUCUAUUGUUAAUGUACUGAUAUCAAAAAUUUAAAAGUUAGUCGAUCAAUACACAAUGUACGUCAGUUGUUUAAUAAAUCUCGAGCCUAACAGUGAAGAACUUAUAUUUUUGGACAAAAU